AUGGCCAUGAUACUGCGCGCGGCGGGCAGGCGGCUUCUCGGCGUAGGAGGCGGCGAGGCUGCGCCGCCGGCGCCCGCGGUCGCUGCUGCGGCGGCGGCGGUGGGCAGGAGCAGAGGGUACCACGAGCGGGUGGUGGACCACUACAACAACCCGCGCAACGUGGGGUCCUUCGACAAGGACGACGCGGACGUCGGCACGGGGAUCGUCGGCGUGCCGGCGUGCGGGGACGUCAUGAAGCUGCAGAUCCGCGUCGACUAG